AUGUCGUUGGUGCGCCACAAACUGAACCCCGAGUUGUUGGAGAACGGCAUAGCUGCCGUCAAAAAGGGCCGUCCAGUUGCUUUGGUUCUGUCGCGACCGCGUGACCUGGUGAAUCUUGAAGAGGGAAUUUUCCUUUUCACAUUGACAAUAUUCAAUAUUUUUUUUGAAAAUGUCUUAAACAAUCGAUUAAUAUUGCAGAUCCACGAAGUAUGCCAGAAGCUGCUCCUAAGUGACCAACAACUGCGCAGAAUGAUGGUGGCCAUGGAAAAAAGCAUGGAAAAAGGACUCGACCGUGAAACGGGUUUCAUUUUUCCUUGUGUUCACCUUCAUUCUCAGAGUUUUUAAGCAUCCACAGCUGCGGUCCGGAUGCUGCCUUCAUACGUUUGUGCGGUCCCCAACGGAACGGAGGUGAGGGAAGUAUAUUAUUUGAUGGAAAAGCGCACUCCCUAAAGCACCUUGAACAGGUGUAAGUAGACAUUCAUUUUGAAAUGUCUCCGUUAAAGAAGAAAUAGCAAAGACUCGAACAUUGGUGAAACGAUUAUGCUCCGGAUGUUUCUGCACAUUUCUAGUGACCACUUUAGUAGCGUCAGCGCUCUCAAGAGAUCCCUAGAAUCGCCCGGAGCAAGUCCUUUUCGCGUUACCGAGGUCCUAGGAAGUAUUUUAAUGAUUUCAGAGAGGCGGUUUUUUGGCCCUGGAUCUCGGUGGAACCAACUUUCGCGUGUUGCUCAUUCGACUGAAAGAGAAGGAAGCCGAGAUGACUGGAAAGAUUUUCCGAGUUCCCGAGAACAUCAUGCGCGGCACAGGAGAAGCUGUGGGCUUUUGAAAAACUGACCCAUUGAGAAAGAAAAAUUAAGCUUUUCGACCACAUUGCCGACUGCAUGGCCAAAUUCAUGCAAGAGCACGACUUGAAAGACGCCCAGAAACUCCCCCUCGGCUUCACUUUUUCGUUUCCUUGCGCUCAAGAAGGCCUCACCAAGUCAGUUUCCGUCUGAUAUCCCUAUUCUCCGAUCCAGUCUGCAGCAUGAUAAUCUUUGUGUUGCAGGGGGAAGCUGAUCAACUGGACGAAAGGCUUCAACGCAAGCGGAGUCGAAGGCGCUGACGUCGUGACGCUGCUUCGCGAGGCCUGCCAACGGCGUCGCGACAUCGACAUCGACGUCGUCGCCCUCCUCAACGACACAGUCGGCACCCUCAUGGCCUGCGCCUUUGUCGAAAACUCUUGUCAGGUUCGACGACUCGCUCCAGAAUCUUUUCUUUCUUCGUCAAUUGAAGAGAGACCUUUGUAGAUUGGAGUGAUCGUCGGGACAGGAACUAACGCCUGUUACAUGGAGCGUUUCGAUCGGAUCAGCAAGAUCUCUGACUACGUGGACGAGGAAGGACUUGUCCCCGAAGAGGUUUUUUUUUCAGAGUUGUAGAUACUGGCGAAGUCCCAGAAAUAAUAUUGAGAGUGAAUCUUCUCAUGGAAGAUUUGAAAGCCACUGUUUCGAAUUAUCAUUUUUAUCAGCUUUUGAGUUUUUGAGAUCUGGUUGCAAGACAGAAAAUAAUUUAUUGUCUUUUAGUAGGGCUAAAACGCCUCAAAGAGGUUGAAAUAAAUCCCCCUUCCUCAAAAAAAUGGUAUAGCGUACUUUUUAGAAUUUGAAUGUUUUUUUGUUAGAAGUCAAAAAAAUGAAACUUUUUCAACCGUUCUCUCGAAAAUGAGUUACUUAAGCCACCAGAAAAAAAUAACGGCCAGAAAUAAUUUCUUGGGUCUUUGGCAAGAAAUUUUAAAAAGGGCAUAUUUUUUUGCAAAAAAGGAUGACAUGAAUAUUUUUUUGACUACAUGUCGUUAAAAAAAUAAUUCAUGAUCAUUUUUUCUCAGUUUUUUUCAAAAUUUUGGCUCACCUUUCGCAGCUUGACCUUCGCAGAUAAGUGAUGAGGACUGAUCAUCAAAAACAGUUCUUUCACGUCAUUAGAACCAAUUAAACUUAUAAAAAACAUUUAUAAAAAAAGAAAGGUGUUCAGAUGAUCAUAAACACUGAAUGGGGCGCGUUUGGGGACGAUGGCGCGAUGGACUUCAUCCGGACUGAGUGGGACGACGUCGUCGAUCGACAGAGCAUCAACCCCGGCAAGCAGGUCUUCGAGAAGAUGAUCAGCGGCAUGUACAUGGGCGAGAUCACGCGAGUCGUUCUGGAGGACCUGGCGCGUCAAAAGUUGCUCUUCGGCGGCAACUUCGAAGCCAUUUCCCGUCCUCACUGUUUCCCCACCAAAUACGUUUCCGAAAUCGAGAAGUUUGUUCUUAUCUUAUUGAAAAAAAAGGCACAGGCAGACCAAUUUUCUGAAUCUUCGAUAGUUAUUCCGCACAAAACAAAGAUCCGGGAGAGAUAUUUUUCCUUUUUAUUAGGAUAAACUCUCAUUUUCCACAAUUUUGUGAGAUUCAAGAUAGUGCCGCAAAUCAACAUCUAGACAUUUAGAAAACUUAAAAAAGGUUUUAGAAAAACAAAAAAAGAACUUUUUCUCGUCUGUCUUUAUAACAACUGCACUUUUUAAUUGGCAGUUUCAAAGUUUUAUAGCUUCAUGCUUUUGCUCAUAGUUCAUUCCAAAAAGUUUCAAAAAUUAAUAUAAUUAAGUUUUUGAUUCGACUCUCUGCUUUUUUUAUCAUUGAAUAUAACUGAAAACAAGUAUAUAGCUGAUUAACGGUUGGCUUAACCCAUCAAAAAUGGUCCUGACACGAUAAGAAAAAAGACAGUAGCUGGUUGAUGGAGGGCGCAGACAAGCCACGCCCCUUUAGUUAACCCAAGCUAGCCCUGAAUAACUCGAUCCACCUCUAAAAAAAUCCUUAAAUCUAAUUUUACAAUCUUUAGGUUUUUUUUGUGGAAAGGAUCUCUUAUCAGAUUUUUCAUCAAUUCCAAAAAAUGAACCUAAAACGUUGCAGCGAACUCUUGGAAGACGAGGACCGGACGUUCCAGAAGACGUUUCAAAUUCUCGAGGACAUCGGAAUCGAGACAGUUUCUAGUAACGACUGCGUCAACGUCGCCUACGUCUGCAGCCUCGUGAGCUCUCGGUAAGCUUUUCAUUUUCGGAAAGAACUAAUGGAGAGGGUUUCCGUGCUGCUCAUCUCACGGCUGCUGGUAUCGCUGUCCUCUUGAACAGGAUGGGAAAGCCGUUUGUGACCGUCGGCCUCGACGGCUCCGUCUACAGGUUCGUCAUUUGACUCGCUCUUAGAGACCGCAGAGCAUUUUUAAAAUCUCAUCCAAAAGCCUCGAUUUUAGUAUCAUCUCGUAGUUCGUGCUACCCAUUAGCAAACCCCAAAAAAUCUCGUAGAAAAGUUGAAGCAAAGCUGAGACACAUCGAGAACAGCGCGAGACUCCGGAAACGCUUUUUGCACUGAAUCGUAUUCCGUCAUAAAAAAAGGGGAGGGGCCUAUUUUCCCUUUUUGCAGAAUGGGCGCGCUUCAAUUUUUCACUGAAAUCUUUUUUUAAAAAAACCGCUUUUUUAUCUGAGACUGGGUAGUCGUCCAGAAAAAGUCCAGAAAGUCAAAAGUCAGUAGUACUUUAGUUUUAUUUGUCGAAUGACCACAGUCAGCAAAUGAUUCGGUCCCAUGACUUUUUACUUAUAAUGGAUUAAUAAACAAUUUCAAGAAUAUUUUUCUUUUCAGAUUCCACCCAACCUACCCGAAACUUCUUGAUGAGAAAAUUGAGCAACUAGUUAACAAAGGACUUCAGGUUUCUUUCGAAAUUAUCUUUCUUUGGUUCAAGGACUUUUUUUUAGUACCAGCUGAUGUUAUCGGAAGACGGCUCGGGACGCGGCGCGGCUUUGGUCGCCGCUGUCGCCACGCGGCUCAAACUCGAAAAACUCGUCGCGAAACUCGCGGCUUCACAUUGA